AACUUUGAAAUUUAUACGACAUACACCUUUAAAAAAAAAACUAUCACCCUUCCCGCCCACCUUCCUACGCAUGCGCAUUGUUGUUCCGGGUCACGCGCAGCUUCCGGUUCGCAUCGACAAACAGACCCGUUUGGAGGAUGAGCUCCAACAAUGGGACCAGGAGGAAAGCCAAGCUGCAGCAUUUUACUGACCUGGCACCAUCCGACCCUGAAACACGCACUGAGAUUCAGGGCCUUUUUCGUAAAGUUAGAACCUACGUGAAGCCGCCCACUGGGGAGUGGCACAUCCCUAGUCCCAAUGAUGCUCUCAGACAUGCGGUGGAGGGGCACUGUCAGCUACAGGCCCUGAAAGAGUCCUUGAACACUGUGAAGAACCAGCUCAGUGACAAGAAUGUCCAGGUUUGGCAUCAGCACACCAACUCCACCAAUCGAGCAGGGAAGGUGAUCGCCGCUGUGCGCUCUGCUGCCAACGCGGAGAUCUGCACUCAGGCUUGGUGCAAGUUCUAUGAGAUCUUGGGAACUUUUAACCUUCUCCCAGAGGAGGCUCUUCAAAGUGGAGAGCUGAACACAGUCCACCUGUGUGAAGCACCGGGUGCCUUCAUAACGGCUCUGAACCACUACAUCAAAACCAGUGAGUCCACACAUUACUGUGACUGGAGUUGGGCCGCAAACACUCUCAACCCGUACCACGAGGCUAAUGGGGGGAGCACAACCAUCGCUGAUGAUCGAUUGAUUGCAAACACGUUGCCGUGGUGGUUCUUUGGUUCAGACAACACAGGAAACAUCAUGAUCCAGAAACACUUGCUGGAGCUGCAGGUGUUUGUUUCUAACAUGCGUAGAGUGGAUGUAGUGACGGCGGACGGUAGUUUUGACUGCCAGGAGAAGCCAGAUGAGCAGGAGGCUCUUGUGGCAUCGCUGCAUUACUGCGAGGCCACGGCAGCACUGCUGCUCCUGAGCCCGGGUGGCUCCUUUGUGUUGAAAAUGUUCACGCUGUACGAACACUCUUCCGUCUGCUUACUCUACCUGCUGAGCUGCUGCUUCCACUCCGUCAACGUCUUCAAACCUGCCACCAGUAAGUCUGGGAACUCUGAGGUCUACGUCGUGUGUCUGAACUAUGACGGCAAGGAAGCUGUGAGGCCUCUGCUCUCGAAACUCAUCCGGAACUAUGGUCCACAUCUGGCCGAUCAGGAGGCACUUUUCCCAAAGGCACUGAUCCCAGAGUCGUUCCUGAACCAGCAUUACGAGGUGUGCUCUUACUUUCACACGCUGCAGGUAGAGACGAUCACCGAGAACUUGCAGCUGUUUGAAGGAAUGAGCGCAGAGCUGAAGCAGCGGCUCGACCACGUCAGAGAUUCUGUAGCUCAGGAAUAUCUGCGGCGAUUCCAGGUGAUCUUCCUUCCUCGGAGCCGAUGGAUUUCCCGCAACACGGUGACUCCCGCCUGCUGCGUCGCCUCUGGGGGCCGCUCUCAAGGACCGAAGAAGCAAACAGGCUCCUUUAAUGAGCGAAGGGAGCUGCAGACCCUGACCUGGAGGCAGCGCAUCGAGAGGGGUUACCAUGCCAGCUGGAUACAGAGACACUUCACUGAUGCCGGGGGGACGGGCUGCGUUCUGGAAGGCCCCCUGUCCAAGUGCAACGUGGAUUCAUGGUAUGUUGUGGUUGGCGCGGCGCUUCCCGCGAUCAUAAACUCUCCGUUCUGUGAAGGUGGAUUGUUAAAGCACCUGAACGAAGCCCUGACGGACACAGUGGUGGACUGGACCCGCGUCUCGCCCUGCGACUCUUGUCGUACGGCUUGCGCAGCCUCCGUCCUGUCCAUCUCCAAAGACGACAGCAGUAAGAGCAAAGAUAAAAAACGGUGUCUGGUGUUUGGCAGCCGCUCAGUUUGGGCAGCAUGUGAGAGCCAAACGGAGGAUUUAAUCCUAACAUUUUCUGCAGAGCCCUCAUUUCCUCAAAGAGGCUGUGUCACGCUGCACGACGGGGAGCCUCUCUACCAGCAGCAGCUCGUAUGCUGCACUGUCCUCUCCCUGCAGACGCUGAACCCAGGGGACGCCCUGCUGUUGCCCGUGUUUUCUGCCCUCACCCGUGUCACGGCAGCCGUUGUGCUCUGCCUGCGUUCGUGCUUUCACUCUGUCACGUUCAGGUGUCCGCCCCCAUGCGGCGUCGUAGGGGCCGCGCUUGUGUGCGCGGGCUUCUGCGCCGAAGCCGCCGCUCGGAUACUCCCCGUUCUCACGGGCGUCCGCGACUGCAUGGGCGAGCUGUUGGGCGGAGAUGAGGGUAAAGGUCAGUCGCGAGACGGGGACAGACAAGUGCUGCAGUUUGUUCCCAUGGAGGAGCUUCUCAGUGCAGGGCUGACGGAGUUUCUGUGGACCAUGAACUCUGAGAUCAUCCAACACAAGCUUCAUCUGCUCAUGCAGCCAUAGACGAAGCCCAUGCUCGUGUUCAUGCAUAUCACACGACCAAUCAGGUACACUGAGUUGCACAUGCUGGUGUAAACAGGAAGUUGAUUCUCUCCCCUGGAGGUCACAGAGUAUUAAGUUCACCGGGCAUUCCUGUGCCAAACUUCUCCUCGGAAACUCGGACAACUUCACAGACCGUGACAUAUGAUUCCACCACUGUACAAACACUUGUACUUGUACAGUUAACAGCACUUCUAUCUCUUUUUUUGACUGUUUAUACUAAAAACGCUGCCGGCCAAUUUUCUUUGAAUGGACAACGGAGCGGGCAGUGUCUUUCAAAGUCGUCGUUUGCCAUGUCGCAGGUCACUGAGCUGUGACUCGUACAUGUUCCAGGAGCUGUGCGUCAUAAAGCCCGUUUUAGGGCUGUCAGUCAAUUACUACACAAAUCACCAGCUGUUCUGAUGAUGAGUUUUUAAAUUAAUUAAUUCAAUAAAUCGUGAUUUGUCUCAAAUUUCACCGUCUUAAUGUAAAAUGUCUCCUGGUUUGCUAUAAAUCACAGAAAAGUAAUGCGUUUUUCCCUAAAAAAAAAGAAAGAAAAAGAAGCUUUAAAUCACAUUAGCUUUAAAG